CUCUGACUCCCUCCUUAGUAUAUUUUAACCACAGAGAUAUGGGAACUAUGAUUUCAACGUAUUCAUGUACAUCGAAUGAAAUACUAUAUUGACUAUUGUAGCCAGGGGCCCGUAGCAACGAUCGUAGAACAUUUCAAUCUACGAUUGAUUCCAUUGACUACAAUGAACAACCUCAGAUGCAACUUUCAGAUCCUUGGCGCAUGGCUAAGCUGAGCGAGCUUCGUAACGUUAAAGCUAGCUUGUUGUCAUCAUCCGCCGCGCCGCGCCGCAGCGCAACAGCUCUUGGCCUUGGCCGCAUCAAAUGGGAGACGCAGAAACGUAGAAACUUCGAGCUCGAGCGGGCGGAAAUUUUGUAAUUUUAAACAUCUGUGGUUGUAUUCUUGCUCUUUGAAGGAAAGCAGAUGAAGUCAAUCAAGCGAGAAUGGAAAGCAGUCAACAACAGAGAGAGAACAGAACCAACACCUUAUCUGAGGAACACGUCCAGAGUGCUAUAGAGACGGUGCUAGCUAAUAGAGUCCAGACCUAUGAAGAGUUUAUGAGUGCUUUCACAGUGUUAACACCGGAUGACGUGAACCAGUUUUCUGCCCGGAGGUCAAAUCAAAGGGUCGAAGGUCAAGUUGCGACCCCUGAAGGGUCACAGGUGACUUCCCAAAUAUUUCAGAUGUCUUCUUCAUCACCCACUCCACCAAAUCAGCAAGGAAGGGGUGUUCAACAAGUUGAAGAGCUGGAGAUUGAGGAGUUGGGAGAGGAUUUCAUUAAUGAGAAGGAACCCAUUUCAUCUGAUGUCCAGAGAAAGUCCACAAAAUACACCAAGGUUGAUAAUUAUCUAGACGAACCGGACAGUGAAAGUGAGCUUCUCAGCGAUGAUGAAGAAAUCAAUUUCGAUGACUCCAGCACCAACUACGUGGCCUCGUUUGACACACAGACAGAAGCAGAGAGGGAAGCAGCAAAAAGUGUCCCUCCCACUGUCACUCCAGAGAUGGUGGAGAAAGUAAAUGAGGGAGAUAGUGUUUCUGAGACAAGUGUUCAAGAGAUUUCAGAAACAACGGGAAGACUGUCCGCACUGGAUCUCUACCCUGGUGAAGUGGAUGCUGCAGAAGACACAUCAUCCAGUCCUUAUCAUACUGUACACAUAACUCAGUUACCAAGUGCUACAGUCACUGAUCCACCUAUAGGAACUGAUGUAGCUGAAGGGAGUACCAAGGUGUCUGUGCCUCUGGAUGAUGUCCAGCCAUUCAGCAUCGAUCCCGACUUUGACUACGACAAUGUCAUCCUCACCCCCAAAUGGGCGCCUGGUCAUGGACCUCCAUCUGGAUUUAUGCCAUCUGGAAGCUGAGGAACCCCGAUCCGUUAACCCUCCUCCAACCGUGAGACUGGUGUGCAAUAUAUGGUAUUGGUGAAUCUGAGAGUGAGAGGGUUAAGUGUAGUAGACCCUUUAGAAGGGCAAUUGCUGCAUCUGUGUCUAGAUGAUUAGGUGUUACAGCAUCGGCUCAUGUCACUUGAUCAUCUGUGAACAUUGUGGUAAGCGUUUAAUAAUGGGAGGUUAUUUAUGAAAUGAUGCUGACUGUUUUUAUCUGACUGUUCCCAUAGCGACAGUCAGACACAUGUGUAAGAUAGAAAAUAUUUUUUUAUCUUGAGUGUAAAUGAUGUUAAACAUUCAAGGCAGGGGAAAUUGAUAUUUUAUGCUUUCGUAAUCUUUAAAACCAAUAAGCCAGAGCCACUUUGAAAAGCGCCAUCUCAUUACUCAUAUAGUACCUGUAUGAUCACUCAGCAUGCAACAUUCGGAUCAUGUAGUCUCAUAAUGCCAGCCCGCGGGUACGCAAAUAUUUUUUCCGUACAUGGGAGCACUAUGGUGCAUGAAUUAUUCAUGAGUUGAGCUAAAAAAUGAAGUGCGCAGGCGCAUGGACUUCGCGAUAGUUCUAUAGCUUCAUCAAUUUGUACAUUAAAGUAAUGAACGAUUUCUCUCUCCCCUCUCUCUUGCAAUCUCCCUUCCCCUGUAAUAGCUCGACUCUAUGCUCUGUCACACGCUCUCUGUUUCUUUAUGAAUCAUGAAUUGCGGGAUGAAUUGACUCGUCGUAAUGUCCUCGUCACCCCCAUCGGCGAAUAUCAGUGUUUCUUUUUCUAUGAUGGCCAAGUACUCUUUCUCUUUGCCCUCCCCCCACUUUUGGAUACUAUCUUUCUCCCCCUACCCAGCCUCUCGCACCAUCUCUGUUUCUUUAUGAAACAUGAAUGAAUGAAUGGAUUCAAAUAUUGCCCUCACUCCCCCCCCUCCAUCUCAAUCUCUGUUCCCUUCUCUCUAGUGUCACACUCCCCCCCUCUUUUUUCUCUCGACCUCCCUCUCGCAAUCUCUCCCCUUCUAUCUCAACUCGCCUUUUCCUUCCAUCCAACCUCGCUCCCCGCUCAAAUUUGUCAAUCUCAGUAUUCGCACAGCUCAAGUUUACCUCAAUUAACUGUCAAGAAAACCAUGGGUCUCAAAUGUAAAUUUCGUCACUCUGAAAAUUAUUUUCCAUUGCUAUAUCGAUUUAUACAAUCAUGUUAGGUUUAUUUCAUAAUAAAAAGGUUCUUGUCCUAAUCUAAACCUUAACAAUUUAGAUAUUCGCUACUUACAUGCAGUUUAAGUCAUUUUAUCUUCCAGGUUUGAACCCCUUCAUUCACUUUGCUUUUACAAGAUGUUGAUUAAUUUGUCCACCUAGGAUCAAAGUGAUUUUUAUUUUGUCUUUUUGAAAACUCACAAUAUUUGUCUAUAGGACUAUUUUCUUUUUGUUGUAUUGUUCUGUUUUUGUUUCCUUUGCUUAUCUACACUUGUAACAGGGCCCCCUGUGAGAACAGUAUGCAGGCUAUUCCCUGUAUAAACAGGACUUGAUAAUGAUAAUAAUAAUAGUAUGCAGUCAAACGGGUAACAAAGAAGUGAAACAACUGGGUAACAUUGAAGGCUUUGAGUCGGUUGAACACCUCCAUGAUUACCUGCAUGGCACCCUCAACGAAGUUGUUCGUGAUGUUUCCUCGAAGAGGCAGUUUUGCAGAUUGGUGAAGACAAAGAGCCCAAGCACUGCGCCUCGCGAAGAUAUCUGCUAAGUGCUCCUUGAAUUUUUGAUACCUUGCAACUACCUCAUCUUCCUGAAUCUGUAGAAAUCAGCUUUCUAGAUCUAAGGAGUUGUUGACAUAAAUAAGCUCCUUUAAGGUGUUAGGUAGGUGUGGACAAUCCUGCUUGCUAAUAUGGUUAUUUGUGUCCCACAACCAUCUCCAGAGGGCCUGUAGAAGGUGAAAAACACACAGGAUCAACGAUGACUGGGGAUACGCUGCAUGCAGUCCUUGACGGAGGGACUUGCAGUCGUCUGUCAUGAUAACUUGCGGCCCCGUUG